UGUAAUCGAGUAUUUUAUAGUGAACAGUGUUAUGGAAAACAUUUACAAUCAGACUCGUAUUCAAAAAAUUUUUCAGUUUGUAAUCGAAUUUAAAAAUGUAAUAUUUGUCGUAAAGUCUACGUCCGUGACAGUGAACAUUAGUGUGGUUAUUAUUAUUGUGCGCCCUGUCAAGACCAUAAACAACCAAACCAUCUGUGUUAUAUGAAGCCUCGGCCGAUAAAGCAAGGGGCUCGUAAAGAUAAAAAAGUUAACGGAUUUUUAUUUCUCUAUUUUGAAACACGGUCUGAGCUGAGAUCAUAUAAAAAUAAUAAACAAUUAAAAAUGCAUAUCGUCAAUUAUUUUUGUGUGCAAAUAGUGUGUGAAAUUUGUUCGGAGACAGACGGUACAGAAAAUUAUCAUUGUAGUGAGACGCGCGAAUUUACACAUCAGGGCGAUGACGCCAUGGAAAAAUUUGUUGAUUUAGAUUUAAAGUCAAAAUCAAGAUACUUAAAAUUAAUUUGUAUAGCUCAUACUGGUGGCGGAUAUGAUGCCCAUUUGUUUUACGCGAAAUAAUCAAAAGAGUACCAAUAACAAAUAUUCAAACAAUUGUUAAAGGAACUAGGGUUACAUUAAUAUCUUUCGAUAAUGUCAAAUUUAUAGACUCGCUGAAUUAUUUUUUUAUGCCAUUAAGUGCGUUACCAAAAGCUUUUGGAAUUAAAGAAUUGACUAAGGGUUUUUUUCUUUUCUUUUUCAAUAAACCAGAAAAUCAAAAUUACAUUGGUCCUUUACCGCCUAAAGAAGAUUUUGGGGUACGUGCGCUGACUAUUGAAAAACAACAAGAAUUUGUUAAAUGGUACAAUGAACGAUUUCAGGGUCCGCCAUUUGAUUUUAAACGAGAAAUGGCGAUUUAUUGUAAAUCUGAUGUAGAAUUACUUAAGAAGGCGUGUAUUACAUAUAGAAAAUUAAUGAUGCGAGUAGGUAAUGUAUGUCCAUUCACUGAAGCUUUAACUGCUGCAUCGACUAGUUUAUUAAUUUAUCGUAGAAAUUAUUUAAAAGAGAAUGAGAUAGCACUGAUCCCCAAGAAUGGAUAUAUGUUAGGAGAUAUGCAAUCUACCAUAGCUAUACAAUGGCUACUAUGGCUUGAACAUUCUCAAGGGAUCAAAAUAAUUCAUGCUGAUAGAGGGCGUGAGCGUAGAGUAGGUCCCUAUCUGGUCGAUGGCAUUUCAGAAGAUGGAAAAACCAUAUACUCUUUUUUAGGUCGUCACUAUCAUUGUUGUGAUUGUUUUGAAUUGAUUAAAGAUGUGGAUGCGGAUUUAGGGGAUAAUACAACACUUAGAACGAGCCGUGAGAAUACAGAGUACAUAAAUGCAUAUUUUAAAAAAGAAGGUUAUGAAUUGAUUAUUAUUUGGGAAUGUGAUUUUAAAAGAAUGUGUCAAAACAACGUAGAUUUAAAGAAUUUCUUGAAAACAAUUGAUAAUAAUUUUUAUAAAGAAGCAAUAUUGCCUCGUGAUGCUUAAUUUGGUGGGCGAACUGAAAAUUAUUGUGUCGCACAUACUGUUACUGGUUCUCAAAAGAUAUACUACGUGGACGUCACGUCACUAUAUCCUAGUACAUUGAAAAAAAAUAUUUACCCUCUAGGCCACCCUAAAGUUUUUGUUCUGGAUGAUAUACGUGAGCUUUGUCCAGAUAAUAACAUAAGUAAUGUGAUAGGAUUAAUUAAAUGUCGAGUUUUGCCCCUGACCAAUUUAUAUAUACCAGUAUUGCCAAUGAGGUGUCAUAAAAAAUUAUUUUUUCCACUUUGUAACGCAUGUACAUUAACUUUAAAUCAAGAAAAUUGUACUCAUAAUGAAUCAGAACGAGCACUUAUUGGUACUUGGGUAUCUGAGGAGUUGAAAGUAGCGGUUGAGAAAGGGUAUAAAAUUUUACAAAUAAAAGAAAUAUGGCAUUGGGAUAAAACAACUCAAUAUGACCCGAAAAUUAGAACUGGGGGUCUAGUGGUGGAUGGCCUGUAGAGUGCGUUGAUGACGCAUCAAAACAAGCAUACAUAGAUAACUAUAAUAAAGUAGAGGGAAUUGCUUUAGAUCCUACGAAAAUUGAAGAAAAUCCUGGUUCACGUCAAGUUAGUAAAAAUAACUUAAAUUCACUUUGGGGUAGGCUAGCUAUGGAUAAUAUUUCGGAUAUGUACAGUAUUAUUCAAAAUAUUCAAGAUUUUAAUAAAAUUAUUGAAAAUGCCAAUAUUAAAGUUUCUUGCAUAACUAUUAUCGAUGAUGAUACACUAUUUGUCAAUUGGAAAUAUGUUGAAAGCUGUGAUGGCACUGAUAGCUCAACUAAUCGAGUUCUAGGUGCAUUUACAACUGCGCAUGCGCGCUUAGAAUUAUACAAAUAUCUUGAUAAAGUUCAGUUGAUACUGACUCUAUAGUUUUUAUUUCUGAGAAUGAAAAUGAUAAACUUCCAUUAGGUAAUUAUUUAGGUGAUCUCACUGAUGAGCUUGAUGGUGGUUACAUAAAAACUUUUAUUUCUGAAGGACCUAAAUUUUAGAGUUAUAUUGCUGAAAAACCUGAUGGUACAAUAAGUAAAGUAUGUAAAUUAAAAGGUGUACGACUUGACGUUAAUGCUAAAAAAUUAGUCAAUUAUGAUAGUAUUAAGACUUUAACUGAUGGUAAAAAGGACAAAAUUAUUGUAACUUGUGACUCAAUACGUCGAACUAAAGAACAUGAUGUACAUACAAUACUAGAAUCGAAAAUUGUACGCGUUACCGGACCGAAACGGAAAUUUACAGCUAACAUGAAUAAUACAUUACCGUAUGGUUAUAUUACUAUGUAUAAUAGCAGUAAAAAAAGACAUGGAGGCUUAACUACUGAGUAUAAUACUAGCCCGUAUAAUACCAGUAAAGAAAGACCUAGGGACUUAACGACUGAGUAUAAUAAUACUGUAAUAAUACUGUAAAUAAACGUGCUAAAUAUGUUACACACCCUACCAAAUUUUUUUCAGUUAUCAUCAUGGCUUGGCAAAUGACACAUCCAUUUAAAAUUAUUAUUUCAGGUCCGUCCGGGGCUGGUAAAAGUGUUUGGACUAAACGUUUUUUAAAAGAAUUAUCGAGAUUAUGUGAUACUGAAUUUGACCGUAUUAUUCUAUAUUACGCCGAAUAGCAACCCGUGUAUACUGAAUAUAAAAAUGUUGAAUUUCAAGAAGGCUUACCAGACACGAAAGAUUUGAAUGAUAUUAAAAAAAAAAAGUUAAUCAUAAUGGAUGAUUUAAUGCGUGAAAGUAGUAGUGGGUCAUCGGUAUUAGAUAUAUUUACCUAGGGUUCACUCCACUGCAAUUUAAGUGUAUUAUUAUUAUCACAAAAUUUAUUUCAUGGGGGAAAAUUUUAUAGAGAAAUUUCUUUGAAUACAAAUUAUAUUGUUGUUUUUAAAAAUGCUCGUGACAAAGCUCAAAUUUCUCAUCUUGCUAGACAAAUAUCACCGUUGAAUACAAAAUUUAUUCAAGAAGCUUAUUUACAUGCUACAUCAGCGCCACAUGGUUACUUAUUAAAUGAUUUGAAUCAGUCAACACCUGAAAACAUUCGGUCAACUCAUGCAUAGAUUUUUGAGUAAAAAUCACGUUACAAAUAAAACCAUAAACUCAAGUUUCUCUUUGGUACUAUUAUAAUAUAUUUUUUAAAACAUUAUUUGUCAAGAAUUAGAGAAAAUCUCACAUCUGUCAAACAACUGCACUAACGUAUUUUCGAUACACUGAAUGACCGUAAAAUCGACAAUAAAAAAGUAAAUUUAUAACUUUUUAAAAUAAACUAAAUUCAUGAAAACGUCUUGGACUUUCCGGUCGUAAAAUCUAUAUUUUUUGUUUACACAUGGUAUUUUUUAUGUCACCCUUUGGACCACACAAGGCCCAAUUUUAUGUCUAAAAAUCCCACUACCUACACCUAGUUUUUUACGCUCUCUUGAACUAAUUUUUGACUCUAUUCACAAUGGUUGAAACAAGUGACAAAGAAUUACAAGAAAAAAGUAAAAAUCUCCACAGACAACGUGGUGGUAUAAAAAAGACACUAACUGAUUUUACGAAAAAAUUAAAAACUUACAAAUCAAAUCUAGUUUCAUGUAAUGUUGGUGAGCUAGAAGUAGUACUUGAAACGGUCAGAAAUCGUUUUGCUUCCUUUGCAUAUAUUCAAGAUCAAUUGGAAGAAAUUGAUCCAACAACUGAAAGCCCAGAAAGAGAACCAAUUGAACAAAAUUAUUUUGCAGCUGUCUCAGAGGCACGUAAAAUAAUAAACAAAAAUAAAACAAAUACAAAAAAUACAAACUCAAACGAUUCGAAUGAUAACAAUGAAAAUACAAGUGGUCAUUCAUUUAACAAUAUGAAUAUACCAGUACCAACAAUACAAAUACCAAAGUUUGACGGUACACCAGAAAAAUGGGCAUCAUUUUACAGUGUAUUUAAAACAACAAUUGACAACAACAAUUCAAUGCCAAAGGCUUUGAAACUUUAUCAUUUAUUAAGUGUUGUUACUGACAAAGCCUGGUCACUCAUCGGCCAUUUAGAAAUUGACGAUGCUAAUUACAAUAGUGCAUUAUCUAUAUUAAUUGAUAAAUACGAAAAUACUCGUCGCUUAGCUCGUCGACAUUGGACAAUAUUACGAGACUAUCCUCAUUUAAAAAAGGAUACACCAGUUGGACUUGGUGAACUAGUUGAUACAUUUAGACAACAUACUAAAGCAUUACAAAAUCUCAAGGUUCCCGUACAUGCAUGGGACAUUCCAUUGACUGAUUUAAUUUUAUCAAAAAUUAAUCAAAAUACAAUUUGGCAAUGGGAAGUAACAAUUAAUUCCCGUGAAAUACCAAAAUACACUGACUCAUUAAAUUUUUUAGAACAACGUGCUAAUUGUGCAGAUUUUAGUGUACAUGAAGAAAAACAAAGUGAAGUGACAAAGAGUGAAAACGAAGUCACCUGACAUCAGACACACAAUUUAAUUUACCUAAACCCGGGGAAAUUAAAGACAAAUUACAAACAAGUCAUCUCACCGUAGAUGAACAAGCAUGUGAAGAAUACUUUCUACAACAUGUUACAAACAAAAAAGAAGGUCGAUCUGUCGUCACCUUACCAUUUAAACAAACUGUCGAUCAAUUUGAAGAGACACGAAUUACAGCAAUUACAAGGCUUAAUUCGAUGAAAAGAAAGUUACAAAACAAUGCAGAACUAAAAAUGCAAUACAAUACAGUACUUCAAGACUGCUCAUACCUAAGUCACAGGUCUGAAGUACUGAAAGAACAACUACAAGAAGAUGGUUUUUAUUUACCACAUCAUGGGGUAAUAAAAAAAGAAAGCCAAACAACAAAAGUACGAGUCGUGUACGACGGCUCAACCACAAGUUCCAAGGGGCACUCACUCAAUGAAUCACUACAUGUUGGCCCAACAAUACAAAUUAAUAUUUUCUCAUUAUCACUUCGAUUUAGACUACACCAGUACAUACAUACAGGUGACAUUGAGAAAUUAUUCAGACAAUUUUAAGUACACUUACAAGAAAGAAAAUAUCACCAUAUUUUACAGAAAAAUGCGUUUGAUAUUAUCAAGACAAAUGAAUUAACUCCUUCAUUACAACAAGGUAUGUUAAACAUACACCAAUGGACAUCCAAUGAGCCUAGACUCUUAGAAAGCCUUUCAGAGGCUAAAAAGUAUGCACAAUCACAAUUAAAUGUCUCCAGUGCAAUAAAAACACUCAACAUGUAUUAGAAAUUUAUUACAAACACAAUGGUUUACACAAUUAGAACAAUUACAUUUGACGAAAUGACAAAACUUGCUUCGCUUUACACACCGACAAUUAAAGCAAUACACACAACAAUAGAUGACACAUAUUUUUGGUCAAACUACAAUUGUCAUACACUGGCUAAAAAAGAAGCUAAGUGUUAUGAAAACAUUCAAGGCAAACAGAAUUGCCAAAAUACAAGAAAAAACAAAUUCUACACAAUGGUGUCAUGUACAUACACUUGACAAAACAGCUGACCUAAUUUCAAGAGGUCUACUACUAGAAAUACACAUCAAAACAACAACAUGGCAACAUGGGCCGUCUUGGCUGUGUGAAGAUCCAGAUGGCUGGCCGAAUUUCAAGAUGACUGAGGGUUGCAAUCUACCUGAGCUCAAGGUCAACACAUGUCUCAACAAAACUACAACAAUUUCAUCACAAAUACAAGUAACUAUUAACAUUAAAAACAAUUACAACAUUUUUACUAUUUAUUUAUCUUGGAAUAAAUUACAAAAUGUCAUUGCAUAUGGUUUACAAAUGAAA